AUGACCUCCAGUGUCAAUACCUGGGUGUGGCUAGCGGUGGUGGUAUUGAUCACCCUACUGCGCUAUGUCUCCCGAGUCCUCCAGCUGGGCGUCCCCCGCCAUCUCCAAAUUGAGGAUUUGCUGAUGCUCUUCACCGUCGUCUUCUACAUCUUACUCACGGUUUUCCUGGUCGAAGUACAAAAACAUGGCACCAACGAGAUUCCCCCGGACCAGUUCGACGACAUCGACCCUGCGUCUAUCCCCGAUCGUAUCACGGGCAGUAAACUAGUCAUUGUGGUGGAACAGAUGUGGCUGGCUACCAUUUGGGGAUGCAAGGCGUGUCUGCUCUUGUUGUAUUCCACCAUGACUUCGGGCCUCUCCCAACACCGGAUCGUGAAACUCAUCAGUGUAUUCUGCGCCCUCAGCUUCGUCGUCGUGGAAGUCCUGUUCUUCGCCGCCUGGUGCCGUCCCUUUUCCGCGUACUGGUCGGUCCCUCCCAAGAACCUGCAGUGCUCCGUCUAUCGCGACCAUCUGAUCCUUGUCCUCACCCUGAACAUCCUGACCGACCUGAUGAUCAUGGCCAUCCCGCUGCCCCUGCUGGUCAAAGCCAAACUCACCUUGCUCAAGAAGAUCACCCUGUGCGCCGUCUUCUCGCUGGGCGCCUUCGUCAUCCUCUGCUCCAUCCUCUCGAAGUACUACUCCCUGUCCCAACCGUACGGCGACCAGUGGGUGGACUGGUAUGUCCGUGAGGCAGCCACGGCCGUCAUUGUGGCCAACAUUCCGCAAACCUGGACUCUGUUCCGACGGUUGUUCAAUUGGCGGGCCUUCUUAGCCCACUCAUCCUACAACCACAGCCACGGGAAGUAUACCAAUCGGCUGGACAGCUCGACCAUCCAUCUAUCCAGGUUCCGGGGCGGAGACAAGUCGCAGGUGCGCACUGCAGUCGAUCCGACGGAAUCUGGCGAGCAUAUCGCCCGGGACCAGCCGUUGGAGAUCUGGGAGCAUCGUCAGUUCCACGUCACGAACGAGCCCGAGGAAUUGCGCAAGAGCACCAGCAUCAGUCAGACGAGUAGUGGCAGUCUGGAGUUUGACACGACCGGGUUUCCGACCCAUCAGUCGCGGACGGUAGUGACCACGGCUGAGUAG